AUCCAACUUGAAUCAGCUAAAUUAGAUACAUGAUGACAAAAUUAUGCAUAAAUGUGUUCCAUUUUGAAUUUUAGACAGCAAAAAUAUUGAACUUGUCGGCAAUGUUUAUUGAUUCGUGUACAUCUUUCUCACCCAACAUCGAAUUUUAGCGAUUCAAGUUGGAUUGCAAAGAUAACUCAAAGAACUACGAAAUAUGUGUUCUUAGUAUUGCCCAGUAUCGAGUAAAAAAAAUGAUCAAAUCACGUUUAAAAGCAAAACGGUAUGAUUACAACCGCAACGAUAUAUCGACGUUUAUCAUCUCACCGCCCUUUAUUUUAUUGCCACAUACACAUAAUACAUAUACCUAGGAAGAAUAGAGGCACAAAGGCUAGUAGAAGUGCUUCAUGAUGAUGAUUCAUUUUUCUUACAAUAAAAUUCAAAAUUUGAAUGAUUCACAUUAGCAAUAUCAAAUAACAUUACCAACAUAAAACCACAACACUAAAUAAAAAAUAUGCAUUACCAACCAAGGCCACUUCAAAAAAUUAAUGAUCCAUUAAUCUUUCCUCUUAUAAAUUAAUUGCAUUCCAUUCUUUUUCCCCACUCCAAGAUUAAUAAUGAAUAUUAAAAAUACCAUCGGAAUCUUCACUAUGAUCAUAGUAAUUGGUGGCGGCGCCGCCACGGGAGGGAUAGUACUACCUAUCCCUCAGCCACCGGCGCUGCCACCUUUACCAAGCGACGAUGAGCUCAUCUUCGCUGACGAAAGGCUGGCGGUGGUUUUCCCGGUAAUCCAAAAAUUCAAAAACAUCAUAAUAUCCGACCCGUUUAACAUCACCGUCACGUGGGUCGGGUCGGAUAUAUGCAGCUACAGAGGCUUCUACUGCGAAAGCCCACCCGACAACAAAUCCGCAACGGCGCUCGCCUCCAUCGAUUUCAACGGCUUCCAGUUAACCGCACCGACGUUGGUCGGUUUCCUCGAUAGCCUACCGGAUUUAGCCCUCUUCCACGCCAACUCCAACAACUUCGCCGGAGCAAUUUCUCCGGCCAUCGGAAACCUCAAGUAUCUCUACGAGCUAGACCUCAGCAACAACAAAUUCACCGGCGCAUUUCCGGCCGCCGCCGUACUCGGCAUGACCGGGCUCUUCUUCCUCGACUUACGCUUCAACUUCUUCUCCGGCUCCGUUCCGCCGCAGCUGUUUUUCAACACCAAAUUCGCACUCGGCCUCGACGCGCUGUUCCUCAACAACAACAAUUUCCUGACCAGAUUCCCCGACGCCGCCGCCGGCGGCGGCGGCGGCGGCGGCCAUAUUGCGUUUCUGACGCUAGCCAACAACAAAUUCUUCGGGCCGAUCCCGCGUAGUGUUUCGAGAUCUCUAUCGAAUAUAUCGGAGAUUUUGCUGAUCAACAACAUGUUGAGCGGCUGCCUCCCUCACGAACUGGGUUUACUUACAGACGCCGUCGUGUUCGACGGCGGCGGCAACCGGCUGACGGGUUUGUUGCCGGUCUCGUUGGGGUGUUUGCGGAAGCUGGAGGUUAUGAACUUCGCCGGGAAUUUGCUGUACGGGAGUGUUCCGGAAGUUCUUUGCGGGAUCGGGAGCCUGGCGAAUUUGUCGCUGUCGGAUAAUUACUUCACGCGCGUGGGGCCAGUUUGUUUGGGGCUGAUCAAAAGUGGGGUCCUGGAUUUGAGGAAGAACUGUGUUCCUGGUUUGCCGUUGCAGAGGUCGUGGGCUGAAUGUGGCGCGUUCUUCGCGCGUCCGAGGUACUGUGUGGCCCACGCGCCGCCGGCGUCGUGGCGUGGGCAGCUUCCGUGUUCGAUUCCACACUCUGCAUUAGGUCUUUCUGAAUUAGCUCCUUCGCCCACUUGAAUUUCGAUUAAUUAUAGAGAAGUUCGAUAUUUCUAGAUAUUAAUAUCGAAUAUUAAUGAAUCCA